UGCGAUAUCUGGACAUCCCUGGACGUAUUGCUCUGUACGUCUUCCAUACUGAACCUUUGCGUUAUUAGCGUUGAUAGGUACUUCGUCAUCACGCGACCAUUCACUUACGUCUUGAAAAGAACAAGAUGGCGAAUGGCGGGUAUGAUAAUUUUCGUCUGGGUGGCCUCAGCGUUCAUCAGCAUUCCGCCUCAGUUUGGCUGGAGGAAAACUGUCAAAGAAGGACAAUGCGUGAUCAGCGAAGAAAUAGGCUACCAGCUAUUCGCAACUGUCGGCGCUUUUUAUCUCCCUCUUUUGGUGAUGGUGGUCAUCUACACCAGAAUAUAUUUGGUGUCGUCUAGACUGGCCAAAGCAGCCUCCAUCAAUCGGCACUCUUCCGUGGUGUCCACUGGUGGCGGGUCAGUCAACCACGGUGAAUUACCUGGUUAG